AUGAUUCGUGCCUCACUCAUUCUCUACGGCGGAGGCCUUCUGCGAAAUGGUGGUAGAACCAAAAAAGGAAGAUCUGCACUGACAUCGGUGGCUAGAGCAGCAGCAGCAGCAACAACAACAACAACAACUGGUAAAUCGAGAAAAACAAAGAGAAAUGCCGCAGCAAGAAAGAAAGAAGAAGAACAUGAAGAAGGAGAAGAAGACUCAGAUAUGCUUCAUUUCACCAGUUCACCUCCUCUUUAUGCCAAUGAACCUCACCAAAACAAUAGUAAGAGUACUGCCACCACCUUUGCCACUCCGGAGUCUUUCUUUGCAUAUAAGAGUAGACGAAGUGAAGAAGAGGUGCUUAAGUUGGCACAACGUAUGCAAAGCCGAGAUUUAACAGGUGAAGUUCCCGUAGCCUCAUUUGCAUAUGAAGUUCUGAGAGCUCAUCCUUCUGUGCGGCAAAUGGGACUGCGUGAGCGUAUGGCAUUUCUCUGUGAUCGAUGGGAGCGACUCAGUAAACAACAGCGACAGACAUAUUUGGAUGAUCCUCUCAAAGGUCUCUUGUAG